GCCUCCAGGUUUUCUCCACAGAGCAAUGUGCUGACGGCAACACCUCGAUUGCGCGUGACAUGGCAGCAAACGGGAGCCCCGAGCGGCGCCGGCGGAGCAUGGGCUUGUACCGGCGCGCGUCGAACAUGAGCGACGCGCCCAGUUUUAUGGAAGACGUCGACAUGGCGCAGGACGAGGUAGAGCUCCGCCCCGUGGCCCCCUUGCGGCACCGAACUGGCACAACUGACGCCAGAAUCCAGAUCUUCGCCGGCCCGGGCAUGAGCGAGAGCGUGCCCACGAGCGUGUCCGCCUUCUCGCACCGCCGCCGCGAGCGCGCCGACAGCAGCGCCAGCCUCACGAGCUUCGCCUACUAUGACGAGGAGCAGGACAGCGAGCCCGAGUCGGGCGAGUCGGCCAUUGCCGACUUCGACGACGACAUCGAGUACGACGGGUACACGGCCGAGGAGCUCGAGGGCCUGGACCGCGACCUGGAGGCGGGCCGCAGCUCGAGUCCCAGCCCGUCGCGCUCGUCGCGGCGCACGUCGAGCGGCACCAAGAGCCGCCGCAGCGUCGACCGCCCGCUGCUGCGCCGCCACUCGAGCGCGAGCAGCGCGGGCUCCGGCAGCUGGCGGGGCCGCCGCUCCAACCAGAAGAUCUACAUCAUGACCGAGGACCUGACCAUUGUCGUCGCCGGCUUCCGCACCUCGGCCGCCGGCUUUGCCGUCUACGCGCUGCUGUGCGUCGCCACGCUGGGCCUGGGCUGGCUGCUGUUCAGGUGGAUGCCGCGCUGGCAGACGGCGCUGACCGGCAGGGCCGCCCCGCUCAAAGACGCCGACUGGGUCAUCAUCGAGAACCAGUGGGGCGAGUUCGCCGUGCAGGACGUGCUCAAGCAGACCUACGGCCGCUCGCUCACUACCGUGUUCGGCGAUGCCGAGAAGAAGCGCCGCGGCGACUGGGACGAGGACGAGGACCCGCUGAUCAAGGAGCUGCGCUGCCUCGACUACCGCUACAUCCGCUUCAUCUACCACCCGAUCAAGGACAAGUUCGUCCUCGCAAACACCUGGAAGGACCCCGCCUGGACCGAUGUCACUGCGCUGCGCGAAGGUCUGGACAACGAGGAGCGCGACUACCGCGAGCUCGUCUUUGGCAAGAACCAGAUCGACAUCGCGGAGAAGUCUCUCGGCCAGCUGCUCGUCGACGAGGUCUUCCACCCGUUCUACGUCUUCCAGAUUGCCAGUCUGUUCCUCUGGUCUGUGGACGAAUACUACUACUACGCCGCCGCCAUCUUCCUCAUCUCUGUCAUCAGCAUCACGACCACGCUCCUCGAGACCAAGGCGACGAUGAAGCGCCUGCGGGAGGUCUCCAGGUUCGAGUGCGAGAUCCGCGUCCUGCGCAACGGCUUCUGGACGAACAUCGACUCCAGCGAGCUGGUCCCGGGAGAUGUGUACGAGGUUACCGACCCGGCGCUUGCCCAGUUCCCCUGCGACAGUCUGCUGCUCUCUGGAGACUGCAUUGUCAACGAGAGCAUGCUGACGGGCGAGUCCAUCCCCGUUUCCAAGAUCCCAGUGACCAACCAUUCGCUCGACCUCCUCGACCUCAGUGCCUCUGCCGUGCACCCCGAGAUUGCCCGACACAUGCUGUUCUCGGGCACCAAGAUCAUCCGCGCCCGUCGGCCGCACGAGGACCAUGUCGACGACGAGGCUGCGGCGCUGGCUAUGGUCGUUCGCACCGGCUUCAAUACCACCAAGGGCGCUCUGGUGCGCUCCAUGCUGUUCCCCAAGCCGUCUGGCUUCAAGUUCUACCGCGACUCUUUCCGGUACAUCUCCGUCAUGGCUUUUAUUGCCAUGAUUGGAUUUGUCGCGUCUUUUAUCAACUUCGUCCACCUGGGUCUCGCUUGGCAUCUGAUUGUCGUCCGCGCAUUGGACUUGAUUACCAUCGUAGUCCCUCCCGCGCUACCUGCGACACUCACCAUCGGUACUUCCUUUGCGCUGUCACGUCUCAAGCAGAAGAACAUUUUCUGCAUCAGCCCGCAGCGCGUCAACGUCGGCGGCAAGCUCGAUGUCGUUUGCUUCGACAAGACUGGCACGCUCACCGAAGAGGGCCUUGACGUCUUGGGCGUGCGCGUGGUUGAACGACCGCGCAACAGGUUCAGUGAGCUCCUGGCUGAUCCCUACGACAUCCUGCCUGCAUCGCACCACGACCGCGACCCGACUGUUCAGUAUGUCGCCCACAAGACCAUCCUCUACACCAUGGCGACCUGCCAUUCCCUGCGUAAGAUCGACGACGAGCUUGUUGGCGAUCCUCUCGAUGUCAAGAUGUUCGACUUCACCGGCUGGGGCUACGAAGAGGGCGAGGGCACGGGCAACAACGACGACGACCCGGAACAGAAGCUAUCACCAUCCGUCGCCCGUCCGCCUCCCGGCCGCGAGUACGACCUCGACGACGCCGAAGACGCUGCCCGCAAGCCCGUCGAGCUUGGCGUGCUGAGGCAGUUUGAGUUUGUGUCGCAGCUCCGCAGGGCCAGUGUUAUUGUGCGCCGCUUCGGCUCCAAGAGCGGCGACAUCUACGUCAAGGGCGCGCCCGAGGUCAUGAAGGAGAUCUGCCGCCCGGAAAGCUUCCCCACCGACUACGAAGAGCUGCUUGCGUUUUAUACGCACCGCGGCUUCCGCGUGAUUGCGUGCGCGACCAAGUCGAUUCCCAAGCUCAACUGGCUCAAGGUGCAGAAGAUGAAGCGCGAGGAGGCCGAAAGCAAUCUCGACUUUAUCGGCUUCAUCGUGUUCGAGAACAAGCUCAAGGACAGCACCGCGCCGGUGAUUGAAGAGCUGGAGCGCGCAAACAUCCGCAAGGUCAUGUGCACCGGCGAUAAUAUUCUGACGGCCAUCAGCGUCGCCCGCGAGUGCGGCCUCAUCAACAAGACCGCGCACUGCUUCGUGCCCCAUUUCGCGGAGGGCGACAGCCGCAAUCCUCUCUCGAAACUCACGUGGGAAUCCGUCGACGACCCCGUCUUCAAGCUCGACGAGCACAGCCUCAAACCGCUCCCGCCGCCGCCCGAAGCCGACGUCUCCCUGCCCUACGACAUAUCCAAUCUGCGCAACUACUCGCUCGCCGUCUCCGGCGACGUGUUCCGCUGGAUCGUCGACUUCGCGUCCGAGUCGGUGCUGCGCGAGAUGCUCGUCGCGGGCCAAGUCUUCGCACGCAUGUCGCCCGACGAAAAACACGAACUCGUCGAGAAACUGCAGAGCAUCGACUACUGCGUGGGCUUCUGCGGCGACGGCGCCAACGACUGCGGCGCGCUCAAGGCCGCCGACGUCGGCAUCAGCCUGUCCGAGGCCGAGGCCUCGGUUGCCGCGCCCUUCACCAGCCGCACCUUCGACAUCGCCUGCGUCCCGCACGUGAUCCGCGAGGGCCGCGCCGCGCUCGUCACGAGCUUCUCGUGCUUCAAGUACAUGUCGCUCUACUCGGCGAUCCAGUUCUGCAGCGUCAGCUUCCUGUACGCGUCCGCGUCCAACCUCGGCGACUUCCAGUUCCUGUUCAUCGACCUGGCGCUCAUCCUCCCGAUCGCCGUGUUUAUGGGCUGGAGCGGCGCCGCGCCCGUACUCGCGCGCAAACGCCCCACCGCCAACCUCGUCAGCCGCAAAGUCCUGGUCCCGCUGCUGGGCCAGAUGGCGUUGUGCAUUGCCACGCAAGCCAUUGCCUUCACCGCCGUGCGGCGCCAGCCCUGGUACCAGCCCCCCGUGCUCGACCCGGAGCACUCCAACUCCCUCAACUCCCAGAACACCGCCCUCUUCCUCGUGUCCUGCUUCCAAUACACCCUCUCCGCCGUGGUCCUCAGCGUAGGCCGUCCCUACCGCGAACCCAUGUCGCGCAACCUGCCCUUCGUGACGACCGUCUUCGUCGCGCUGGCCGCCAGCACGUACAUGCUGUUCGACCCCGCAGACGCGGUGAUGCGCGCCAUGGAGCUGACGGGCAUGGAUUCCGGGUUCAAGGUUUUCCUGCUGGGGUUAGGGUUGGGGAACUUUGGGGUUGCGUGGGUCGCAGAGGGCUUGUUGUUUCCGGGCCUGGCGAAGUGGGUGGGUGUGCUGAAGGAGAGGGUGGCGGGGAAGAGGGAGAGGAAGGCGUAUAAGGUUAUAAGGGAGAGUAUGAUGAUGUAGACGGGUGGUGUGCAGGGAUUGUGUAGUUGUAUAGCGGUAAGUUGUAUAGGUGUGUUGGAUAGGUGUGUUGUACAGGGCAGUGAAGCACGUAGACA